AUGGAAUACAUCCUGAGCGACCAAGAAAUUGAGAGGGAAGUCCAGAAAAACGAGGCCUAUUAUUCGGUCAUCGAGCUGAACGAUGUUCUGUACUUAAAUAACAAGCUGUACCGGAAGAUAGAAGCCUUGCGGGGCCUGCACAACUUGCGGACGCUCUACCUGAACAACAAUGUCCUGGAUAGGAUUUCCGGACUGGACUCCUGUGUGAACCUUAUUGCGUUGUACCUGAACUGCAACAAAAUUUCGAAGAUCGAGAACCUGGGCUGCCUAACCAAACUGCGCAUUUUAAAUCUGGAAGACAACAACAUUUGCGUGAUCGAAAAUCUGGAAAAUUUACCCCUUUUGGAGGAUUUAAAUCUGAGUAACAACUGCUUGGGGAGUAAAGACUCCGCACAGGUUUCUAACUUGUGCAAAAAUGAGAAGCUCACCAUUUUGAACAUACAGAACAAUAGCAUCGACGAGGACAUUUUAAAGGACCUCUCCGACUUGAAAGAUUUGUCCAUUUUGUAUUGCAUGAACAACCCGAUGGUAAUGCAUUGA